CAGUCUUCACACUCAUCAUCAUUUUCUUCUUCCUUGGCAUCUCUAUCUCUGUCUCAGACAAAGACAUUACAUUUUUUCCUGUAUUUAGGAAAACAAAAGGUCCCAUAUUUAAGCUGCUUGUCCCACAUUUCUCUCCAACAACUAACAAAUAGCCAAAACUCCUCUCUGUAUGUAUUACUAUCUUUCUCUAUCACCUAUACAACAGAAUAGACACUAUAGACUAGUGUGAGCCUACACACAUAGUGAGCUGGAAAAAUGCCAUUUUAACUUCAAUUGUGGAUCUCAAGUGACCCCAUAUUGUUGAAACAAAAAACCCCAUUUCAAAUUAUACCUAAAUAAAGAACCAAGUAGGGGUUUUAGUAGAUUCUUGGUGUUUCUGUAAUGGAGGUGGCAAGUCUUAGAGAAUGAAAGCUUACAUUUUUUAGGAAAAAAAUGCAAUUUUUGCUUCAACUUUGGAUCUAAACUAACCCCAUAUUGUAGAAACAAAAAACCCCAUUUUGAAUUACACCUUAAAAAAAAAAAAAAAAAAAAAAAGGAACCAAAUGGGGGUUUUAGUAGAUUCUUGGUGUUUUUGUAAUGGAGGUGGAAAGUCUGAGAGAAUGAAAGCUUCUAUUUUUAACAGUAAAGGUUGUGCAAUGGUACAUAUAGGUGUUAGUGGCACUGGUUUCUUGAUUCACAGGAAUCUUUUGCUUACCACUCAUGUUAUUCUUCCUUCUGUUGCUGUUGCUGAAGCUGCUCAGAUCCGCCUUCAAAAUGGUGUCGUUGCUUGCCUUUUCCCUCAUAGAUUCUUUAUAACCAGUUCUGUAUUAGAUCUGACAAUAGUUGGCCUUGACGUCAUGGAUGGAGACGCAAAUGCACAUGCUCAUCAGCCUCACUACCUAAAAACCUGUUCCAAACCUAAUUUGGAGCUCGGUAAUGUCGUUUACCUGCUAGGAUAUAGCGAGAAAAAGGAGUUGACAGUUGGUGAAGGAAAAGUGAUAAUAGCGACUGAUAAUCUUAUAAAGCUUUCAACUGAUGGCAGCAUAAGCUGGAGGCCAGGUUCUGCUGGUUUUGAUGUUCAUGGCAAUCUUGCAUUCAUGGUAUGUGACCCUAUGAAGCUUGCGAAAUCUCCCAACUCAAAUUCCUCAACUACUUCACCUUCCUCUUCAUCAUCAAGGAAGAAGGAAUGUCCCAUGCAAUUUGGUAUACCUAUCCCUAUCAUAUGCGACUGGUUAAACCAGCAUUGGGAAGGAAACCUUGACGACCUCAACAAACCUAAGUUACCAAUAAUUCGGUUGAUGUCAGCUGGUCAAAAAAGCGAUCAUUCUUCUGCUUCCUUCACGAUGAGGCGUGUUUUUAAGUCAACUGAAGCUGAAAAUGCGGGGACCCCAUCAUCAUCGAACAGAUUGUCGAAACCUAGAGAGCAGUCUGGACCAAGCUGUCCCGCUGUUGCAACUAAUAUGGAAGAGGAAGGAUUAACUACUGUACAUGGAAUUCCAACUCCUGAAAUUUAUGAGUCACCAAAUUUAACUUCAGUACCAGUUAGGACAAAGGAGGGUACUCAGAUCCAGCUUUUGGAUAUUAACUUCCCGCCCAGGAUUGCCAAAUUUCCCGGCUCACCACAACCUGCUAGAAAAAUCCCUUCCAGCUUUGGUGAAAAUUUUGUCACCAAACCUCGCUCGGAGCAUCCAGCAAGAAAAGGCAAAGCAAGUGAUCUAUGGCAAUCCAAUCCUGUGGCAGAUGCUGAGAAUGCUUCAACUGGAUCUGUAAAUGGGGUCCAGAGCGAAGUUCAAUCAAGUUGUUCUCCUAUAAGGAUAUUGGAAAUGGAAAAUGGAUACAGUAGCGACGGAGAGAUAACAAUGUAUUCUGCUGAAACUGCUGAAAGUCGGAAUUUUCCAAGUCCAAGAGAGGGAAGGUUUCAUCAACAAGUAGGGAGGAGCCAAAGUUGCGUCAACUACAAUAGAUGGGGAGCAGCCCAACAAAAUGCGGGUGCUCGAAGAGCAAUGCUAGAACAGCAGAGGCAAGGAAGGAAAGUCUACUCCCAAGGGGCAAAUUCUCAGAGGAGUAAUGACUAUUUUAGCCCGACAGUAUCUUCAAUCAUGAAGAAACGGAACAACUUAGAGACGCCACCAACCAGACUGCAAAGUGCAGUAAAUUCAUCACCAAAAUGGAAUUUCUGAUUUUACAAACUUUAGAAAAAAUCAUUCUUUAAGCCAAGCUCUCCUUUUUUGGGCUUACAACUGUAACUAUAUACUGUGACUACAUGUGCAAAGGAAAUCCAAGAAGAAAAAUUUAGUUAAUGCAGUCAAUCAUUUGUGAUAUACAGCAAAGGAUCUAUGGAUACUGCAAGACAAUUACACCAUAGCAGGUGCUAAAAUUCAGGGCAUUUUGAUCUUCUCUGGGAUUUGCAUGUCACUUAUGCACUUCAUAUUGAAGAAAAAGA